ACAGAUACCUCAUGACUUAUGGUAGUGAUGAAUAUGUCAAGAAUACCAAGUAUCUGUCUACUCGCAGUGUUCAAGAGCUCCUUCUUGCUAAUAAUUUAAGCAAGAGCUCCUACAGCUCUCUCAUGUCAGACUUCCUUUCCAAGCCUCCAUCUUUAAGCAAUGGGGAAUAUUUUGUGCUGUGUGAAAGUUGAGCAAUCUACAGUUGCUAUAAAAGAAGGAUUUGGACGAUUUGAGAAGGUGCUUCAGCCAGGAUGCCAUUGGAUGCCAUGGUUCCUUGGGAAACAACUUGCUGGUCAUCUCUCUCUUCGACUACAACAAUUAGAUCUUCGUUGUGAGACCAAGACAAAGGAUAACGUCUUUGUCAAUGUUGUUGCCUCAAUUCAAUAUCGUGCCCUGGCUGAGAAGGCCAAUGAUGCUUUUUACAGACUUAGCAAUACAAAGACGCAAAUUCAGGCAUAUGUUUUUGAUGUAAUUAGGGCAAGUCUUCCAAAGCUCAACUUGGAUGAUGCUUUUGAGCAGAAAAAUGAAAUUGCCAGAGCUGUGGAAGAAGAACUUGAGAAGGCUAUGUCAGCUUACGGGUUCGAAAUUGUUCAAACACUGAUUGUUGAUAUAGACCCAGAUGAUCGUGUGAAGCGAGCUAUGAAUGAAAUCAAUGCCGGUUUGAUUGUAACGCAGUGCUAA